UACUAGCGUUGGAAAUUCCCACCACACUCGUUCAAACAAUGACGGAAAACUCGGGGCGUCACACUACAGCAGCAGGGUAUAUAUGAUUGGAUUCGUCUCUAAAAGGCAGUGAAUAGUUGAAACAAAUGUCAGUGGCAGUCAUGGCUUCAACCGUUCCCAAAAUUGCCUUUGUCGCCUUUUUGAUUUUCGUCCAGUGGAUUUACCGUCCCGUUAAUGCCUUCCCGUUUCGGAAGAACGAAGCGUACGGAGAACACGCCAUCCGCAACUGGCGAACAUCUUCGUCGCGAGAUCGUGAAUCAUUGCCGGACUAUCAGCCGCUCUGUCAAUCUGUCAAUCACAGAGUAGACCUUCAGAAGGAUUCAGACGAACAAGAAUACGAAUUUCGUCCUCCGUUUUACCAUUCGAUCGAGUGCAAACAUACUGCCGACAAGCUUCAUCACCGCGGGCAUCACGAUGGCUCACAGAUGUGCCUGAAAUCAGGUUUGGCUUGCGUCCAACGCACUAAAACGAUUCAAAUAGCCAAAAGAAAAAUUGGAACAACUUGCUGGACUUUAUUUACCAAGGAAGUUCAUUCCGGAUGUGAGUGCAUGUGGCCUGUUCAUUCCAACGGCGAUUCCAAAUACUUCACCUGAGUUGACCCACAUGAAUCCACUCACGGUUAUUCGUCAAAUCCGUUCUACGUCGAUCCCAGAUCACGUCGAUUUGGUGUCCAGUAUUCCGAAUCAUCCGCUCAUUGUUUCGUUUGCCUUUUUAAUUGUUCUAAUUUGUCUAUGUCUUUUUGCUUCGGUCUUCGAAAGUUUCACAGAACUCAACUAAAAACUGUGCAAACAUUCGCGAUCUCAAGUGCUCUUUUGAGUUAAAUAAAUGAAUUUUAUGACUUA